GAUCGUUUUACUGUGGAGCUCUCGUCGAUCGAAGUUGCGGAUACUCAAGCAGUAGUGGUGCGGUUAGUAAGCGCAGUACUAGAAUCUCUCGAAUCAGGACUAUUCUGUUCUUGACUCGCCAACGGAUCUAUCAUUCGGUUGCAGGCCUCUGCCAGUCGUGGACGUGUCCGGGUUCUUUUCGGUUGGUGUUGCAUUCAUAUUCCGCCCUCUCGAGCGCGAUCGUUUCCAGUGUGUGUCGCCAUUGUUUCGGGCUUGUGUCUAACGCGGGAUCAAUUUCCUGGAAGGUGGUCUGUGUGGCGGCGUGCGUAAGGCGACGACGCAUCAUCAGUCUCUCGCGGGAAUUAGCGUUGAUCUCUUGACCCAUCGGGGGCAUUGUUGAUUGUUCUAACUGCAUCGCAGCAGCAGCAGCGCGUUUUUAUUGUGUGAGUGGGGAUAUAAAGCAACGGUUCCCGACCGUGAAGCCGGUCAAUUGCAACCUGACAGUGAAAGGAUACGUACGGAGAAAGCUUUCCGGGAUUAGAAGGAAAUUUCCUCGUUUUCUGUUUCGAUGAUUAUUUGCUGAAUGCUACGAAAGUGAUUUGCUGAUAAUUUACUCAAUUGAAAGCAAUCGUGAAAAGCAAAACCAUAUCGUGGAGGGAAAGUGAGUGAAUCAAAAAGUGAUGCAAAAUCGGUUCCAAUCUGUUGCACACCGAUGAUGUCAGUAAAAGUGAAUUCUAUCAAUAAUAAUUCUCAGCAAACAAAAGUGAAACUAAACGGAAGUGUGUUACAACAGUGGACGGAAUUACAGAAAAUUCAGCAACCGAACCGGAUUAUCUGCUGAAAUCGUGAAACCUUACUCCAGCGCCUUCUGUCCAAACUAUUGUGUUCUGAAGAUAUCCUCGUACCGAACGGAUCGUUCCUUUUUUUUUCGACCAAAUCCACAUUCAUCAGCACCUGUUUCAAGAGCGCCAUUUCAAGGUCCUCGCAGUUGGCAACUACCUACCAGAAAACAAAAACAUUAUUACAUCAAGGGAAUACAAUCUGCCCAUCAAACAGAGUCAACCACGAAUUCCGUUUCGGCUCUCGAGGCCGACCAGGACGACGACGGCGACAAGGACUUCGACCCGCCAGAGACAUCGGCGCCCAAGACUAGGACCCUCUAGGACCACUGACGAACCCCCUCCGACGCGAAGCUCUCAGGCCACCAUUCCACGGGAUGGGAUUGCACAAAAACUAUUUCAAAGUAGGACAAAAUGCCAGUAAUCAGCUGUUCGGCCUGCCACCACGUGGCCCAAGUGGCGCUACGCCGCUAUCGAUGCUUAUAUCGCAGGGAGCGAAAUUCAACAACAAUCGCAUAGCAGUAAUUAUUUUCGGGAUAGCAACCCUCAUAGCUGGUGUGAUAUUAUCUUCGGUUCCUUGGUUAAAUAUUUUUAUUAUGAAGAAUCUAAGACUAUGGAACGGCACGAUUAGCUUCCAUUACUGGCAACGGCCAGGCGUCACUAGGUUAACUAAGGUGUAUAUAUUUAACGUAACCAAUCCGGAGGGGUUUCUCGCCGGUGAAAAGCCAAAACUAGUUGAAGUAGGACCAUUCGUUUAUAGAGAAGAUAUGGAAAAAGUGAAUAUAAAGUUCCAUGACAACUACACUGUAACAUAUCAGCACAAAAAAAUCUUACAAUUUGUUCCUGAACUGAGCGUAGAUAAGAACCAACGAAUAACGACACCAAAUAUUCCACUGCUGACCAUUUCCACCCAGAGCAAGCAUUUGGGCUACUUCCUGGCGAAGACCAUCUCGCUAGUCCUGACGGCGACCAAGUACAAGCCGUUCAUCUCGCUGACUGCCGACGAGUUGGUGUUUGGCUACGACGACACACUCGUGAGCCUCGCGCAUCGAUUUUACCCUCGAAAUCGACGGCCUAUGUCAAAAAUGGGUCUGCUGAACGGGCGGAACGGUACCCUUACGGAGUAUGCCACCAUGUACACCGGCCACACAGGGAUGGAGAAGUUUGGGUACUUUGACAAAUUGAACGGCCUGGACCAUUUGCCCCACUGGGAUAAGGAACCCUGCUCCAGUAUCGAGGCCUCGGAGGGGUCUUUCUUCCCGCCUCGGGAGGUCACCAAUUCAGACGUGGUAUACAUCUACGAUAAGGAUCUCUGCCGAUCGCUGCCGCUGGUCUAUCGACAUCCCGUCGAGAAGGAUGGCAUUCCAGCUGACCUCUAUACCCUAGCAGAGGACUCGUACGGACCACCCAAUGGAAACAAUUCAUGCUAUGAGCACACUGACUACAAGCCUUACAGAGGCCUGCAGAAUAUCAGCCCCUGCCAAUACGGCGCUCCCGUUUACAUUUCCAAUCCACACUUCUACCAAUCGGAUCCACAACUACUGGAUGCAGUAGAGGGGCUAAACCCACAACGAGACGCUCACGAAACCUUCUUUAAAAUUCAACCGAAACUUGGGGUUCCACUCGAAGGCCAGGUGAGAGUACAGCUCAAUUUGCUAGUCGAAGAAGCACCAAAUGUAAUGGCGACCAAAAACUUUAGAGACUUCGUAUUCCCCAUCAUGUGGCUAGAAGAGGGUGUAAGUGAGUUAACCCCUCCAAUUCGGCGGUGGAUCUAUCUUGCCACAGUCUUCGCCCCGAUGGCACUACCAAUCGUCUCCUACGGGAUGAUUCUCACCGGAACUUUUGCCUUGAUCUACGUGUUUGUACGAGCUUACAAGAACUUUGUGUUCACAUCGGAUCCGACGACAGAAUUCCUGGAAAUGGGACGUAGAUCGCUGCGUCGCGGAAGCAGCAUGAUCAUCAAUGGCCAGCACAGGAUACUGAUGCAACGGGAUAGCUACAUUCUGCUGAAGGCCAGUGAGGACGCAAAUCUCUACCACCACACAUCCAACAAUAACACAAUCAACACCAACAACAACCUCAGCAGCCAUCACAACCACAAUCUGUUCCACUUGCCACACUUGCCACACAUUCCACAUCAUCAGCCCAAGGACCAAAGUCUGCUAAGCGACGAGGAUUCAACAGCUUAGAUCCCCCUUAGGAUCUGCGUCGCAACCCCGGAUGGGACUCACGUACCUUAUAAUUGUCAUCACUUAGCGUUUCUCAAAAACUAGCCGAUAGACAAAAUCAUGCUAAAUCAAGAUUACGGGCGAAUUUUUUUCGUCACCUUAACUUAACGAUAAACGACAACCGGUGAUAGAGACUGUGUUUUUUACUCUACUACGUUUACUGCUUCUCGCGAGCCUCUAGUUUAUUUUCAUUCCCUGAAAGAUCGCUGAUCAUACGAUCAGACUCCAGUCAAGCUCAGUCGCCCGUCAGUUGCUCAAUCCAAAUGACCCGAUUGCUCAAAUUACGAAUAGCAAAUGAUUUUCAAAAAAAAAAAUAUAUUGUUAAAGUAAGCAACCAACCAAUCG